UUCAACCGCCCAACAAAUCCCGCAGCGCAAGUCGAGGAGGAACCGCAGAAGAAGAAGAUGGCGCGUACCAAGCAGACCGCCCGCAAGUCCACCGGCGGCAAGGCCCCCCGCAAGCAGCUCGCCACCACCAUCGCGGCGAGGAAGUCGGCCCCGACCACCGGCGGCGUCAAGAAGCCCCACCGCUACAGGCCCGGCACGGUGGCGCUGAGGGAGAUCCGCAAGUACCAGAAAAGCACGGAUCUGCUCAUCCGCAAGCUGCCCUUCCAGCGCCUCGUGCGGGAGAUCGCCCAGGACUUCAAGACCGAUCUGCGGUUCCAGAGCCACGCCGUGCUGGCGCUCCAGGAGGCCGCUGAGGCGUCCCUCGUCGGGCUGUUCGAGGACACCAACCUGUGCGCCAUCCACGCCAAGCGCGUCACCAUCAUGCCCAAGGACAUUCAGCUCGCCCGCCGCAUCCGUGGUGAACGCGCCUAGAAUCCUUGAUGUGAGAUCCUAUAUUAUCGUGCCGUUCGUUGUAAGCAAGCUAGUUGAUUCGCUUCUGGUUUCUAGACGUGUUAUAUACCAU